AUGGCCAAUGUCGUGCUCAUGCGCGCGUACUAUGAGCGCCCCAACUUCUACUCUGCCGCCGUCUACAUCUCUCAAAGCACCGGUUCGCUGAUGUUCCUCGUCAACCUCAUGCUCAUAGUCGCCGCCAGCUUUGGCUAUGGACUCCAGCGGUUGUUUUACGGCCCGCUCCGCCCUAUCGAGACUGAGCAGCUCUAUGACAAGGCUUGGUUUGCUGUCAGUGAGACUCUCCUGGCCAUGACCAUCUUCAGAGACGACAUAGGCAUGUGGUUCUUUGCCAUGUUUCUGUGUCUGCUUGCGGGCAAAGUAUGGCAAUGGAUAGGCGAAGGCCGGGUCGAAUUUCUGGAGCAACAACCACCGGCGAAUCCGAAACUCUUCCACACUCGGUUGAUGAGCUCUUUGCUUUUCUCGGUCGUUUUCGAUAUCUACAUGAUGCAGUACUGCAUUGACUCUAUCCUUUCAGAAGCACGCCCCGGCGUCAAGGUCAUGUUCGGCUUCGAAUACGUGUUACUGGCUAUCGCAUCCAUCUCCACCCUCCUACGGUAUGCGCUUUCUCUUGUGGAGCUUUAUGUGACGCACCGUCAAGAGAAGGCCCGGGAAGAAGCCCGACAAGCCGCGAGGGCACUUGCACGGCAGAGUGCUGAGACUAGCGGAGCAGAGGCACCUGUGGCGGAGGAAGAAGACGAGGACGAAGGUGAUGUGCCCGGAUGGGAGGAGAAGGGUCGAUGGGUUUUCUAUUUGGACCUGGCCACGGACUUCAUCAAGUCUGUUGUCUAUCUUGGAUUCUUCAUGAUCCUUAUGACCUUUUACGGUAUCCCAAUUCACAUCAUGAGGGAUCUCUUCAUGACGAUCCGUUCUUUACUCAAAAGAAUUAAGGACUUCGUUCAAUAUCGAAACGCCACGCGCGACAUGAACACGCGCUAUCCGGAUGCGACUGCGGAGGAGCUCGAGCGAGAAAAUACAUGUAUCGUUUGCCGUGAGGAAAUGAAGCCUUGGGUACAUCCCGGUGCAGACGGAGCUGCCACCGCCCGGCGUAUGGACGAGCGACAGCGACCGAAGAAGCUUCCAUGUGGUCACAUUCUGCAUUUUAGUUGCCUCCGGAGCUGGCUGGAAAGACAGCAGGUGUGUCCGACGUGCCGCCGCCCAGUCCUCAGCCAGACAACAGCGCAGGCUACCCAGGGGAACAACGCCGCAAACCCGGGCGCGCCCAAUCCACCAAACCAGCAGGUUCAGCAACGUCAAGGUGUUCUGCCAGGUUUUCUCGGUGGCAACCCGCUAGGCGGAGGUGGGCAACCAGGACAGCAACCUUUACCUCAGCAACAAGGGCAAGCCAAUGCAGCCGCUGGAAACAUGCGUGUGUUCAAUCUUGGUCCGAUCAGGGUUGCGUUGGGAAAUUUACGAUUACCGCCAGGCCAGCAGAACAAUGCGGAUAAUGUAAGACAAGCUAUGGAUCAGAUUCGUCAGCAGGCUAUUGCGGAUCGUGUGGCGCGCAACGUAAGUCCGCAAAACCAAGGGUCGGCGAACGCAGCAUUAACUCUUCAGAAUCCGCCACAGGCUCAAGUUACAGGUCCUCUGCCAGGGGCGACGGCACUGCAUCCCUCAGAUAUACAAUCGGACAUAUUGCGGAUCCAACAAAACAUCAUGGAGUCUAUGCGCCAAUUACACGUGCAGCAGGAGGAAUUAGAGGUAAUCCAUGGGCUACUUGGUGAGCUCAACAGACUCCAACAGACUUCAGGAGUGAGCGGAGUCGCUGGGAACGAGCUUCCGGCCAUAGCGCCUUUACACCCACCGACCAUGAGCUCUUUCACACCCCAAGCAUACCUCGCCAGAGGUGAAGCCCUACGCCAGGGCGAUGCUGGUGUCCCUGAUGGCUUGUCACUUCCAGAAGGUUGGACCUUGAGGCGGAUGGUAUUGGCAACACGAUCUGAGCCAGAGGGGUCCUCCCCGACCUCUUCUGCCCAUCAAACCCGUGCAGCGGCGGGCUCUGCUUUUGGACCAAGACCAGCAACUUCAGAGGCAGAAGUGGAAGCUCCUGUGGCUGUUGCCACAAAUUCUGGUUCUGCCGCAGACUCGUCACCUCCAAGGGUUGAAUCGGAUUCUCUUGGAUCGAGCUGGAGUUUUGGCAAUGCCGAAGGUUCAAGCUCUGCGGUUGCCACCGCUGGUAGUACCUCUGACGGACAGAAUGUGACAAAGCGAGCAGUGACGAUUGAGGACGCUGAAGACAACGGUCAAUGA